AUGUCGACUGAGAAAAAGGAAACGGAGCUCAUCUCCGAACAGGAGGUCAUCAACACCUACCAGACCCUGCGCGAGGAGGUGUCGCAACUGUUCAGGCAGCUCAACAAGCUGAAGGACGAACAGACGGAGCACAAGCUGGUCAUCGACGCGAUCAAGGAUCUCGACCCAAAGCGCAAGUGCUUCAGGCUUAUCGGGGGGGUGCUGGUGGAGCGCACGGUGGAGGACACGCUUCCCGCGUUGACCAAAACCAUGGAGAAUCUCACCAACGUCAUCGAGAAGUACACCGAGCAGCGCGACGCCAAGAUCGAGAAGGUUGAGGAGAUGGAGAAGAAGUACAACAUUCGCGUCAAGGGUGAGGUUGGACCAGGCGACGAAGGCGGGGAUGAGGAACGCGGUGCCACGCAGGGAGUGCUCGCCUGA